AGACGUGCAACCUACUAUGUGGUUUGAACAAGACAUGGCAUUUCCUCUUCACCCCUUGGGCAUCUCUCGCUCCCCGAUGCCAUUUUCUUUCCCGAUAUCUCGAUCACGAAUCUCUGCAACAGACCCCCGUAACUGCCCCGCGAUGAUCCCCCUGAACGUCAGACUAAUCAGACAUCAUGAAUGCCUACGAGAAUCGAUAUUUCUCCUACGAGCCUCGAAUGAGAUACUACAAAUAUUGGUCAGCCACUGUGGAUGGUGGCCUACCCUUGGCGCUUGGCUUGCGCUACUGCCGCUGGACCCUUUACGCUGGAUCCCGCUAAGGCGAUCCAAGGGUGCGCUAAAACGGACUACGCCGAUGCAGUCAACCAAUAGAUCCGGCUGGAGAAACUCCUGUGAGCCACUAGCCCGCUUUUCCCGGGGCAUAACCUCCGGCACACUCGUCUUGUCCUGGCUCAAUUGUUGGACAAGUGCCCAUGAGGCUAAAGACAAGAACAGGGGGUCUUGCCGAGCAGUGCAGAUUGGGCCCCGGACACAAGAGGUGACGUUUCAUGCCCAGUUCAGUCCAAGACAGCCCGAAUUUCCAUGUGUGAAAGAAUCCAAUUCUCCAAAAGUGCCAUGUUUUUACAGUGGCUAAGUCCCUGAUAGUACCUGGCCACACUUGCUAAGCUGCCCAGCCAGCCAUGGCAGUCUAUGGACUGAUUUGAGAUGGACACACACACCACAAGCCUGUUGCUGCCCUGUCAUCAGACCCAAGCAAGGGGAAACAAUUAAAAGUCGCUCUCAACCUCUGUCUCUGCUGUGAACCUAACGAUCUGCACCUUUCAAAGCGAUCCUGAGCCUCGCCUUGACUUAGAAAGCGGGCCAUUCUUUGUUAUCCAAAGACGCUACUAGAAACCGUGGUGUAGGUAGGUGACAUGACAGAUGGAUAUGUGCUUGCUGAUAUCUCAUCUCACCUUGCCCCGUCACAGCAAGUUCAUCCAAACCCUUUCACAAUCUUGCCUCUCACAUUCACUAUUAUUUCUUGCUAUACCAGGCGUCCCAUCUGAGUACUGUCAGCCAGGUAACUCCAAUCUGUGCCCGUGCCCGUGCCCGUGCAAACAUCGCGGUCCAUGCCUUGAUCUAUUUCGAGCCCCUUCAGCGCUGCCUCUUCACUUAAUUUCAUCAUGCCAACCACAUUUUUCAACUUUUGUUGUUGUUUCUAACAUUUUAUCGGCAUCUAAUAGGGCUCCCUUUAACUUCUUUACCACUUUGUUCCUGGCCGAUUACUUGAUGUUCUUUGCUGUUCAUUAUCUCAGUGGACAGUAGAGAGGGGAAGCUCGACAUCCAUUUCUACAUUUCGAGUUAGAUGUUGAGCUCAAGAAUUCGCCUUCACCAUACCCAAAAACAAAAUUGAAGGGAAAAAAGCGCCAGUACGACCCGGAUAUAUCUUUUCGUUUUUAGGUAUUUCUCAUGGUACUCAAGCCAUCGAAACAAUAUCUCCAAUUUGACAACUUAUCCCCAGCUCUUAUCGCUACCGCUGUCGCAUCCACUGAGUCGAGCGCUGAAGAGACCACCAAGGCCACGCCCAAGGCCACUGGUAUUGCCCUUUCUGGGUUCUCACCAAUGCAACUACGAAUGCUCGACUGCCACAUGAAUGCGCCGCAACCAUGUCCCACGGACCACCUCCACCACCACCUCCGCCCCAGGGCGCCCCUCAUCUGAACAACUUCAACAAUUUCUACGGUUUCAACCUCGAUAUCGGUUCUCUCCCCGACAUGACGGGUGGCCAGGUCAAUUACUACUCCCCUCCCCGCGACGCCGACGCCGACGCCGGGGCUGCGGCCCUAUCUAUAGCGCCCCCCUUCGGCCAAGGCCAACGCAACCUUGAUCUUCGAUCAUUUCGGCUAACCCGAUUUUGUAGAUGGGCGCUGAUGGUCAGGACAACGAUCUUAUGGCCAUGCUCGAUAAUAGUAUACUCGGCGGCAUAACAGACAUUCCAAUUAACACCGAAUCCGCAGAUGACUCCAACAUGAGCGGCUCUUUCGGCAACGGGCAAUCGACAACAGAAGAGUCUGUCGCGAGAGCUGAAAAUCAAUUCAACACAGCAGCCAACAAUGUUCCUGGCGCAGGGCCCCUCCCUGCUGGCGCGUUUGCUCAGAUGAAUCUCGCUGGUGCCAGCACCCUUACUGAGUUCACCAAGCGAAGAAAUUGGCCCGCCAAGGUUGUGGAAGAGCUCAGAGACUUUUUACAGAUUCUCGAUGCGAACGGUCGCAUUAAGUACGCAUCACCUAGCAUUCUCCAGGUCACUGGAUACAGUGUAGAGGAGAUCCAAGAUGUAUUUCUGAAAGACUUGAUCCACCCAGACGACCAAGGUGUUUUCGUCGCAGAACUCAACGAAUCCAUCGCAUCAGGCAACCCGCUACGACUUUUUUACCGUUUCAAAAAGAAGGACGCCGAAUAUGCGAUUUUUGAGACUGUCGGCCAUGCUCACAUUGCUGGCGCCAAGUUCGCCCCCAAUCCAAAUAACCAGUCACCCUUCUGCCAGGCCGUGUUCAUGAUGGCGCGACCAUAUCCCACCAAAAACGCUGGACUUUUAGACUCUUUCCUUGAGCAUAAGAUCGAAAAUGAACGAUUAAAGCGCCGUAUCGCCGAGCUCCGUCGUGAAGAGGAGGCCGAAAACGACGAGGCGCAGAAGCAGUGGCUGCAGAGUCAAGAGGGUCGCUCAGACAUGACACCAUCUGAAGGAACCGGCGUCUCCUCGGGAACCUUUUACCGCCCGGUUAGCGAAAGAGGAAUGACAGAAGCCGAUCGAGCAGCUCUCAAUAAAGCUCUUACACGCGAGAAUCUCGAAGGCUCAGUCGCAGGUGGUCGACAGGAUUCGCUGAAGGAUAAGAUGGCACGUUACGAAGGGGCAUCGCACACAGACACGAUUGAGAUGUUGACGGGAUUGCGAUACAUCGAGGGCGAACGAAGCCGGGGAAUUACGACUGGUAAUGCUAGCCCGACCCUGAUCAAGGGCGAUGCAGGAAUUGCAAUUCCGAUGGAACGGGACCCUCGAACAGGCGAUAAAAAGAAGAAGCUCAAGACGUCUGAGGAAUAUGUGUGUACGGACUGUGGCACCCUGGACUCACCGGAAUGGAGAAAGGGACCCCAAGGACCGAAGACAUUAUGCAACGCCUGCGGUUUACGCUGGGCCAAGAGGGAGAAGAAGAGAACCAGCACCAGUCAUCCUCCUACGGUGGAUCAAUCUGUAUAAUCACGAGGCGACGAAAUGGCUUCCAACGAGUUAUCGAUCUACCGGCCUGUAAGAUGCGUGACACGACCGAAACGAGGGCAGCAAGUAGCAGUGUUUGCCGCGACAUAAGACGAGUCGACCAGAGACACGGUGCCUGGGGCACGACGGAGUUUAGGCUGAAAUUACUGAUUUGGAUGGCGAAAAGCGGGAUACACGAGACGCUCACAGCCGGUUGUUCACUUGAUUAUUUUCUUUUUGCAAACUCACGAUUGAACUGGAUAUUUGAUUUGUCACGACUGGGACUACAACACAGAUACCUGGAGUGUAGGGAGCAUUUGGGCAGACAUAGCUGACGUGCGCGCCCUUGAUGCGCCACGUAUAUGAAUUGACGCAUUUUCUAUAGAGUGACUGUCGUGACUAAAAGAUGCAACGACAUAAAACCCAUUUACCUCUGGCUAGGUACCUUAUUCAGUGUCGCUCAAUACAGUCAGUCGGGGUC